GCGGGACGCGGAGCAGCGGCGAGCGGACUCGCGGCUCGCGGACGGCAGACAGACACAGCAUAGUGGCAACCGCACACGCAUAUAUUCGCACAAUAAAUUGUCGAGCUAAACUUGUAUUUUACAACAACAUUCCGCUCUUAUUCUCCCUGAACAUAUGGUCCUUCGAGCUCUAUUCAAUUACUGGACUGUUUAAAUUACAUCGUGAUAAAUUCCACCGGCUUCCAACAACGACGCGGUCGUCUUUGAUCAACGGUGUGACAGGCCUCUUUCAACGGUUUGACGGGCUUCUUUCAACGCCGCUCUUCAACGUUUUGGAGCUGGGAAUUUGUUGCUGUUUAGUCUUCCGACCAGAAUUCUACGGGCCCUACAACGCUUUUCAAGACAAGAAAACAAAAAGGAUUAUAUGGAUAGUGCAUAAAGACCGUUAGCCAGUAGUCUGCUAAAUUACUACCAACCGAUCAACGGACUUUGUACUGUAGCAUCUGUGCAGUGUCAGACACAUUAUCACAGUCUUCAGGGUGAGAUCGAAGAAAUUGCUGACGAUCCUGACCAGAGGUAUCAGGAAAGGGACGCUUUCGAGAACCAGUAUUAUGCGGCUGUCGCGACGGCUAGGAGUCUGUGUAUACCGUCAUUUACAUCGACAAAUCACGAGGGCUGAUCUUCUAGAGACUUUAGAGGAGGCAAAAAACAAUAAAGGUAAUUCUGAAUCUACUCACGUUCAAAAAUCCAACAGCUUUAUAGUUUCUUCAAGUAAAAAUAAAACGCUUUCCUGUCCAUUAUGUCAACAUGAUCAUCAUUUAUUUAACUGUGAUACAUUUAGGAAACUGUCAGUAGAUGCACGCAUUGAAAAAGCUAAAAGUUUUAAAAUAUGCUUAAACUGCCUUCGACCUGGUCAUCAUGAGACACGGUGUAAAUUGUCACAUUGCAAAUAUUGCAAAUCCAAGCACAAUACUCUUCUUCAUCUUGAUAUUCAUCACGAACCUGUCACGCAUGAUAGUGUUGUCCUAUCUGCUGAGCCAUCUCAGUCCUCAACUAAUACGGGUUAUAUUUUAUUAUCCACAGCCUUGGUCAAGGUGCUUGACGUCCACGGGAAACCACAUGCAGCUAGAGUCUUGUUAGACAAUGGAAGUACCGGAAACUUUGUCACAAAGGACUUUUGUGGCAAGCUCAAUCUUCGUACACAUGCUACGAAUUCAAGGGUAACAGGUAUUAAUCAUCAAGUAUCCACUAGUUCAUUGUCUUGCUCUCUUACAUUGGAGUCUUAUGUUGGUGGCUACAGGACAGACAUCAAUUGCUUUGUUUUACCCACUAUUACAACUUUGCUUCCAAACACAUAUAUAGAUAUACAUAAUUUAAAAAUACCGCCUGGGGUUUGCUUAGCCGAUCCAAAUUUCAACGUUCCGUCAACCAUUGACAUUCUAGUAGGUGCGGACGUCUUUUGGAGUGUGAUCGGUACAAAUCGCAUCCAGUUAGGUACACAUAAACCUACUCUUUUUGAAACCAAAUUUGGUUGGUUGGUUUCUGGCACUAUCAGUCAAUCAGAUCCUAAACAGUAUGUAUGUAUGUUUUCUAAUAAUUUACAGAAUAAUUCUACAGACUUAACUCGUUUUUGGGAACUAGAUACAAUUUCAUCUAAAUAUGAGCUCACUCCGGAUGAACAUGCAUGCGAACAAGAUUUUAUGAAUUCUACACAGCGCAACAAAGAAGGACGUUUUGUAGUUUCUAUGCCACUCAGAGAACCUCCUGAGGUUUUAGGCAAUUCUUAUUCACUUGCUAAAAACAGAUUUCUUUCUCUUGAGCGUCGUUUGCAACGAGAGUCACAUUUGAAGCGUCUUUAUGUAGAAUUCAUAAAAGAAUAUAUUGAUCUGGGUCAUAUGAGUGAAAACACAUUUAAAAAUCAUAAUCAAACAAUUCAAUGUUAUUUGCCACAUCACGGCAUUCUUAAAACAUCUAACAUAACCACACAACUACGUGUUGUGUUCGAUGGUUCUGCCUCUACGUCUUCAGGUAAGUCGCUUAACGACAUACAACGCGUAGGUCCUACUAUGCAGGACGACUUAUUAUCUAUUUUAUUACGUUUUCGACAGCACAAGUUCGUGGUAUCAGCAGAUAUAGAAAAGAUGUAUCGGCAGAUACUUUUAGACGACGCACAACGUCCUUUACAAAAAAUAUUAUGGAGGUUUGAUCCCUCCCACCCUCUUAAGUCAUAUACCCUAAACACUCUCACAUACGGCACGGCAUCAGCGCCAUUUCUAGCCACCAGAUGUCUUACACAGUUAGGUCAUGACUCUAACAAUUCUGAAGUAAAACGCGCUAUAUGUCAUGACUUCUACGUAGACGAUUUUUUAAGUGGACAUGAGACUAUUGAAGACACAAUUUCAUUGUGUCAAGGUGUAAUCAACACCCUUCAGUCAGCCAAAUUUAAUUUGAGAAAAUGGCACUCAAAUAAUAGUACCAUAUUAAAUAGUAUAUGUCAGAACAAUAAGAGAUCUGGUAGUGUAGAUCUUAGUGCAAAAGAGUGUGCAAAAACAUUAGGUAUUCAUUGGAAAUGUCUAACAGACCACUUAUCAUUUUCUAUUAAUAUUUCAUCUCAAGAUAAAUUAACCAAGAGAUUUAUUUUGUCCACAAUUUCACAAGUAUUUGACCCAUUAGGCCUUGUAUCGCCAUGUAUAGUGGAAGCAAAAAUAUUAAUGCAACAAUUGUGGAUAAAUAAAUGCUCUUGGGAUGACAAGGUUCCCCCUCUCAUAGAAAAAAUAUGGUCAGAAUUUGUACAGUUCUUACCAUUACUGAAUAAUCUUAAGAUUCCUAGGUGUAUUAAAAAUAACAGUACAGUCAACACAGAAAUACAUAUAUUUACAGACGCAUCGGAGAAAGCAUAUGGUACAUGUGUAUAUAUAAGAAGUAUAUCUAGCGAAGGUUCAAUUGAUGUCCGUCUUUUGGUUUCCAAAAAUAAGGUAGCUCCUAUUAAAAUUACUACAAUCCCACGACUUGAACUUUGUGGCGCGCUUUUAGGAGCACGACUGUACAAGAAGGUGAUUACAUCGGUUACUCUUGAAUUCAGUCGUUGUGUAUUUUGGACAGAUUCCACCAUCGUCUUAGGCUGGAUUGCUUCUUCACCAAGUCAGCUUAAACCAUUUGUUCGGCACCGAGUUGUGGAGAUACAGGAAGGUUCUCACGAAUGGCGUUAUGUACCCUCAAAAUCAAAUCCAGCUGACUUAGUAUCCCGAGGUCUAAGAGCAGAUUUAUUAAACAAUUCUUCCUUGUGGUGGUCAGGGCCUUCAUUUUUAAAACUAGAUUCAUCUCAAUGGCCACUUAAUCCAAAUAAACAUAAUUCCAAUUUACCUGAAACGAUACAAUCAUUUCACACAGAUGACAGUAAUUUAAUUAAUAAUAAAGGUAGUUUAAUUUCAUCUUUAAUUGACAAGUUUUCAAAUUUCACACGACUGCAACGUGUAGUUGCAUUUGUCUUAAGAUUCGUCAAUAACUGCCAAAAGAAUACAAAUAAACUAAGUGAUCAAAUAUCAUUAUUAGAAUUAAAUAAUGCUGCCAAACUUCUUUUACGUACAGCUCAGCAAGAUUCAUUCCCUGAGGAACGUGAGUUACUCUUGUCAAACAAGCAAUUACCUUUCAAGAAUAGGUUAGUGUCAUUAUCACCGUUUAUAGAUUUUGAUAACCUCAUCCGCGUGGGUGGCAGGCUUAAUGAUUCUCAUUAUGACUACAAUGUCAAACAUCCCAUUCUUUUGUCAGGCAAACAUCGCUUAUGUGAAUUAAUAUUCAAUAUGCUUCAUAAAAAAUUCAUGCACUCAGGGCCUCAGUUAUUACUAGCCACUGCUAGACAUAAUUAUUGGCCUAUAGGAGGACUCAACUUAGCAAAACGUAUAGUUCGCUCUUGUGUUAGGUGCACUAGGUUCAAGGGAAAAACCAUUCAGCCCAUGAUGGGUAACCUACCAGAGAAACGGGUCCAUCUAGAAUUUCCUUUCCUAGAAACAGGCGUCGAUUAUGCCGGUCCAGUGCUGAUAGCUGAUCGCAAGGGUAGGGGCUGCAAAAUUAUAAAAUCUUACAUUUGUGUGUUUGUGUGUUUUGCCACAAAGGCGGCGCAUCUAGAGCUUGUCUCGGAUUUGACUAAAGAAGCUUUCAUUGCAGCACUAAACAGAUUCAUAGCACGACGAGGCAAGCCGCAAACGAUAUUUUCGGAUAACGGCACUACCUUUGUUGGGACUUUUCAUGAGCUCUCCAAGCUCCUCAAACAAUCUGAGUUGUCUACGGAUUUGGCCGAACAAGGUAUAAACUUUUCAUUUAUUCCUGCCUAUACUCCUCACUUUGGAGGCCUAUGGGAAUCGCUUGUUCGAUCAACGAAGCAUCUUCUUAGGCGUAUUUUAGAUAAGACUCAUUUAAACUAUGAAGAAAUGGCUACUCUUCUUAUUCAAAUUGAAGCCAUCUUAAAUUCUCGUCCUAUCACACCUAUUUCCGACAAUCCUUCUGAUAUUUAUCCUCUUACUCCUGCCCACUUCCUUAUUGGACGGUCUAUCAUCUUUUUGCCACAUCCAGAAAUUGUCGACCGCCGCUUCAGCUCUCUUCAGCGAUUUCAACGCAUCGAGCUGCUCAAGCAACAUUUUUGGAAUCGAUUUUCUAACGAAUACGUUGUAUGGCUCCAACAGAAAACCAAAUGGCAUCGGUCUUAUGGCGAGCUUAAGGAGGGCACCCUCGUCGUCAUCAAGGAGAAGACCUCACCUCCAUUAAUGUGGCUCAUGGGCCGCGUUAUCCGCAUAAUACCUGGAAGGGAUGGUAUCGCAAGGGUUGCCGACAUUCAGACCAAGAAGGGUGUCAUGCGGCGAGCAUACAACACCAUAUGCCCCUUGCCAGUGAAGAGUUUUGAACUUGACACUUCAACGCGGGGAGUAUAUGGUCAAGCCAUGUAAUGGUCUGCGGAGGAGGCCGCGGGGCGCGGGACGCGGAGCAGCGGCGAGCGGACUCGCGGCUCGCGGACGGCAGACAGACACAGCAUAGUGGCAACCGCACACGCAUAUAUUCGCACAAUAAAUUGUCGGGCUAAACUUGUAUUUUACAACAACAUUCCGCUCUUAUUCUCCCUGAACACCAAUUAUAUACUUCUUGAAAUCACAAAUGAAACGACAUAGUUCAGUACACAAUUAUGUAGUAUUGUACAUAGAUAGAUAGAUAAUUUAUUUACAUUACUUACAGCACACAAACUACAAUAAAAAAAAAAACAUACACGUAAUACACAGCAAAAGAGAUAAAAGAAUGAAAAUAAAAAAGCACAAAUAAAAAAAACAAAAUAUAUAAACUAACAAUCUCCUUUCUUUUCCUUCCUUCAUGCGUGUGCCAUUGUAACACAA